AUGCAAAUACAGCACAAUGCGAAAACUGUUCAUUCGGGUGAAGCUAGGAAAGCAACUAUCGGAGGCAGGGAUUCUGCAACGCAAGAACCGAAAUAUGGUGAAGCAGUACAAGGGAGGAAGUGCUACCGUUGCUCAAAACAAGGACACAUAGCACGUGAAUGCCCAUCCCGAAUGGAAAAUGUUAACCAUAGGGAUCGAAAGAAAUUCCCUUUGGAGAAUGGAGAAACAAAGGUGUCAUCUAUCAUUAAGCAAAACCAUAGCAUGGGAGUCAAUAUACAAAAGAGGAGAUCGGAAAAGAGCGAUCUCAUUGGCAAACGGAUAAUGGUAGUGCAGAAGUCAAGGCUAAAGCCAGUGUUUGAUGCUUCCAACAACAAAAAGGACUUCGUUGGAGCAGUUCAUAUCGAAGUUGAAAUGGAUAGUGGGAACACCGAGAUGAUUGCAUUCCAUAUUAGUGCGGACAAGGAAGCAGAGGCUAUCAUUGGAGCGAACGCGUUGAAGAAGUCAAGGCCCAAGGAACACCUUGGCGAUUUAAAGCUUAGUGAUUUGAAUUUGAUCUGUUGUGUAUUGUUAGUUGCUGCAGAAUAA